AGAGCAGUCCAACAACAUCCUUGACUCGCGUGCCGUUUGGCUCGUGUCUUGUUUCCUCACCAUCAUCAAGCCAACAAUCUCUCCCUUUCAUCGCGCGAAAUGCCCGGCUGGUCCCGACUUAUUACGUUCAUCGCCGUAGAGGACAACGCCGUCCACAGCGGCGAGCCCGUCGACCCCAACCUCGACAUCGGCGCAGCCUACGCCAAAUCCCAACAGAUUAAAGCUCGCAUCCUCCCUCCUGGCGUCUCUCCGCUCGACCCAUCAGCCACACCUACCAGCCUCGAGCGAACAGUGCGGGUUCUCCUCCCACCUUUGGACUCAAAGCAGAUCCCGAGCAUUCGUGCUCUGGGCGCCAACUUUGUACAGAGUGGUCAAGAUGCAGCCGAAGCCAAGAAGAAGAGGCCUGUGCUGCCCAUCUUGUUCUACAAGCCCUUGACGGCAUUGAGUGGACCUGAGAGGGACAUUGUGAUCCCACAGGCGGCUACGCGCAACGGGGACGAGACGGACUGGGAGGUCGAGCUGGGAGUCAUCAUCUCCAAACCCUGCAAAGACGUCUCUCCGUCGCGAGCGCUGGACUAUGUGUUGGGCUACACCCUGACAAACGAUGUCUCCUGCCGCAAACGCAUGUUCGCCGUACCGCAAUGGGGUCUAGGCAAAUCCUUCGAUGGCCAUCUUCCCAUUGGGCCCUGCCUCGUGUCCCCCUCCGCCCUUGGAGACCCGGAAGAUGUGCCCCUACAGACACGGGUGAACGGGAGAUUGGUACAAGAUGGCAAUACACGAGACCACCUGUGGGGAGUAGCAGAGACUAUUGCUGAGCUGAGCGCGGGUACUACGCUGCUACCUGGUGAUAUCAUCUCGAUGGGCACCCCGCCUGGCGAGGGGUUCAAGCGCAACCCGCAAGAGUGGUUGAAGCAUGGAGAUGAGUGUGUGGUCAGUGGGGGCAGGGGCUUGGGCAGCCUGAGGAAUUGGGUCAGGCAGGAGGGCAGAGAGGAGGUGCAGAGGGUCAAGGCGAAGCUGUAAGGACGCGAAUCGAUCAUGCUUGAAGUGUGAUUGAGAUUGGUAUGAGAAUGAGAGUAUGGUGAUGGUAUGAAUGAGAUGAAACAAAGAGGGAGGAGAAGAGAAGUCGGUCACUGCUCCGUUCCCUACGCCUUCUUAGAGGAGCUGACGAAGACGAUGUCAUCGUCGUCAUCAUCCUCGACCCUCGAAGCAACAGCCUUGCUUCCUCCAGUC